AUGUCGCAAGCCGACUUCCUACUCGCCAACAACGCCGUCUAUGUAGAGAAAGGCGAAGUUCCUACCGUGAACCUGGCCAAGAUAUCCGGUCAGAAAGGAGACAAUUUGGAAGAUAUCUUUCCUCGUCAUGCUGUUGUGACAUGUAUGGAUCCCCGCAUUGACCCCUUACGCGCUCUAGGCCUGGAGGGUAAAGCGGCCAUGAUUCGGAACGCUGGUGGCGUAGGCGUGGACGCGUUGCGCUCUCUCAUCGUCUUCCAGGAGUUCACUCACGCUCGAGAGAUAGCCGUCGUGCAUCAUACUGACUGCGGCAUGCUAUACGUAUCUUCGGACAAGAUCCAUGCGGGUCCUAAGAACGUGCCGCAGGAUAUGCAAUUUCACGAGUUCAGUAACCUCGAAGACGGCGUUCGUCGGGAUGUGCACUGGCUCCAAGAGCGCGUCAAAGACGGAGCAUUGCUCGAGGGUACGCACGUUGUGGGCUAUCUUCUCGAGAACGAGACAGGGAAAGUGAGUGUGCGGCAGUCGCAGUUUGCCACAUAUCAGCCUGUUGACGACGCAUGCCCCAGCUUCGCGUGGUCGAGUGACCACCCACCGUCUGGCCAGUAA